GGAGGAGGGAUUACAUGCCCAGUCCGGCGGAACAUCCUCCCAGCACAUCUGAGACUCUGCACAGAACUCUGCGCAGACCCACAAGACCACCAGCAGCCAUGCUUGCGAAAUGGAAUGCAGCCUGGCUCCACUCUCACGCGGGUGGUGAAAAGUUGUGGUGAAGUGGAGUAGACGCCGCUUCUGUCGUUGUUGUGCAGUAGCAUUGGCCGAACCGAACCGAACCUACAGGUUGUUGUUGGGCCGGCUGGACGUAUGUGUUUAAGCGCACGGCUGUGGGACAUCCGGAAUGGCGAGUCUGUAGACGGAGACUCGCACGCACACGCGCAAAAGAUGGACGUGAAGGGAACAACAUUUGGAAGGUUUAUGAAUUGCAGGGCGCCAGCCAAUAAGAGAUACCAACCGACCGAGUACGAACACGCUGCUAAUUGCGCCACGCAUGGGUUGUGGAUCCUCCCGAGCCUGCUGGGUGGUUCGGUGCUGUAUUUCCUGUCAGGGGACCAAUGGCAUCGUGUUGCUGCUUGGCUUUACGGCAGCGGACUCACUGGCCUCUUUGUCACCUCAACGCUCUUCCACGCUGCCGCCUGGAAAAUCAGCCACCUCAGGAAGGUGGAGCAACUUUUCCACAUGUGCGACCGCAUGGCCAUCUACUUCUUCAUCGCAGCCUCCUACUCACCCUGGUUGAUGCUGAGGGAGCUGGGCCCGUGGGCAUGCCACAUGCGCUGGCUCAUCUGGGUCAUGGCUUGUUUGGGAUCCAUCUAUGUCUUCUGCUUCCAUGAGAGGUACAAGCUGCUGGAGUUGCUGGGAUAUGUGGCCAUGGGAGCUGUUCCUGCUCUGGUCAUUCUGUCAAUGAUGGACCACGCAGGAGUGUGUGAACUUGCCAUGGGUGGGUUCUUCUACGCCGUGGGCGUGGUCUUCUUCAAGAGCGACGGCUUUGUCCCGUUCGCCCACGCUAUUUGGCAUCUUUUCGUGGCAGCCGGAGCAGGGAUCCAUUACUACGCCAUCUGGAGGUACCUCUACUUGCCUCGGCCACUGCUGGAAACCUCCAGGUGAUGCGGAGACGUUCUCGUAAGGAGAGAGUUACAGGUUGAGGAAGCACAAGCUCGGCGGUCUGAGAUAAAUGAAUACAUGAAUCGGUAAUCUUAGUUUUAUUUCCGAAAGCCUAAUCUUAGCUGGUGAUCACGCAAUCAUUUUGUUUCAUGACCUCAGUUACAGAAUCUAAAGAUGUUCAGAUGACCAAUAUUUGGUCAAGUAGUUUUAAGACCAAAAGAAAUAUUUAGUUUGGUAUCCUUUCCACUCAUAAUGUGCCAACUAUUUCUGAAAGCAAAUUUCUAUUGAUUUGUAACAAUGUGCAUUUGAAGAAGUGAUGAGUCACAAAAUACGAAUAACAGUGAAUUGAUGACGAGCGUAUCAUAAAUUGCAUUUUUCUUUUCUGAUGUUUUCGUCAAAGCCCUUUCUCCUAGUCAAUGUCUGCAUUUCCUGUACGCCUCGAAAAUGCUUGACCCAUUUUCUAACUGGGCUCUGGAGACUUCGGUUCUUUUUUUACACAAAUCAGAUGAUCUAUUUUGUAAAUUUUUAUUUCUGAUAUGUCGCAAGAAAGAAUAAAGAGAUAAUAUAUUGA